UUCAUUAUAUGGAUUCAACUUGUGUCCCGCUCGACUUUUCUGUGGUUUACCCGUUACUGUGACAUAUCAGCCAUGGAAGAUUGUUUGUUUCAUUCUAAGCUAUCCAGCAAGGUUAUUUUCAUUUAUUUUGUAUUUUUUCUGCACAGUGUAGAGUCUUGUUGUUGUGAUGAGAGGGAUGGAGGUAUUUAAUAAAAACCUUACUCGCUGGAGAAUAGCUACAGAAGUCCUGUCACAACUUAAUCGGAGAGGAUCACAGCUUGCCACGGAUCUCGAUGCUGCAUUCGGGCUACUGCCUCCAGAUCACAAAAUGAGUGAUUGUGAGGAGGAAAGUGAGGAUGUAGCAGUGUCUCCAGUACCAAGCUGUCUGUCUAUGAAGAGUGACGAUUCUAAAGAAAACCCUCCAAACAUCAAUAAUGAACCCAGACCCUUAGACACAAAAGGUCAGUACAGCAGAGAGAGAGCAGAGUCUCCAGCACCCAGCUGUCUGUCUAUGAUCAGUGACUUUUCCAAAGAGGCCCCUCCAUACUUCAGCAAUGAACCCGGACCCUCAGAUGCAAAAGGUCAGUACAGCAGACAGAGAGCAGAUUCUCCAGCACCCAGCUGUCUGUCUAUGAAGAGUGACUUUUCCAAAGAGGCCCCUCCAUACUUCAGUAAUGAACCCGGACCCUCAGACUCAAAAGGUCUGUACAACAGAGAGAGAGCAGAGUCUCCAGCCUCCAGCUGUCUGUCUAUGAAGAGUGACUUUUCCAAAGAGGCCCCUCCAUACUUCAGUAAUGAACCCGGACCCUCAGACUCAAAAGGUCUGUACAACAGAGAGAGAGCAGAGUCUCCAGCACCCAGCUGUCUGUCUAUGAAGAGUGACUUUUCCAAAGAGGCCCCUCCAUACUUCAGCAAUGAACCUGGACCCUCAGACUCAAAGAAGAAGAGUGGUGUAUCUGUGGAGGAGAUGUUGCCCUGCUGUGCUCUGUGUCAGGAUGUCCUGAAGGAUCCGGUCUCUAUCAGCUGUGGACACCUGUUCUGCAGAAAAUGCAUCGCCUCAUACUGGGGUCAGUCUGCUUCAUCAGGAGGCUCCUCCUGUCCCCAGUGUGGAAAACAAUCCAGAACAAGUCUUGGACUUCAGACAGCAGAUAGUGGUCUACAAAAGGUUUUAGAUGAACAUAAGAUCAGCCAGAGGAAGAUAUUUGAAUGUGUGACUGAAGGAACUGACAAAACAGGAAGUGUCACGCCACUCAACAGGAUCUACACAGAGCUCUACAUCACAGAGGGGCAGAGUGAAGAGGUUAAUGCCCAACACGAGGUGUGGCAGCUUGAGACAGCGUCCAAGAUGGAGACCGCCAAUGACACUCCUAUCAAGGUCCACGACAUCUUUAAAGCCUUAGUUGACCAAGAGGACCAAAUCAGAGUGGUUCUGACUGUCGGCGUCGCUGGCAUUGGUAAAACCUUCUCAGUGCAAAAGUUCACUCUGGACUGGGCAGAAGAUUUGGAAAACCAAGAUGUCGAUCUGGUGAUUCUGCUUUCCUUCAGGGAGCUGAACUUGAUCAAAAAUGAGCAGUACAGUCUUCUCAGGCUGCUUCAUGUUUUCCAUCCAACUUUACAGAAGGUCACAGCAGAGCUCCUCGCUGUCUCUAAAGUUUUGUUCAUCUUUGACGGCCUGGAUGAAAGCAGACUUUCUCUGGAUUUCAAAAACAAUGAGGUUGUGUCCGAUGUCACGCAGAAGUCAUCAGUCAACGUGCUGUUGACAAAUCUCAUCAGGGGGGAGCUGCUUCCCUCGGCUCUUGUCUGGAUAACUACCCGACCAGCAGCAGCCAAUCAGAUCCCUCCAUUAUUUGUUGACAGAGUAACAGAAGUCAGAGGUUUCACUGACACCCAGAAGGAAGAGUACUUCAGGAGGAGAUUCAGUGAUGAAGAACCAUGCAAUAGAAUAAUUUCUCACAUCAAGACCUCCAGGAGCCUCCACAUCAUGUGUCUGAUCCCAGUCUUUUGCUGGAUCACUGCUGCAGUUCUGGACCACAUGUUGACCAUGGACCAGAAAGAGGAUCUGCCCAAGACCCUGACUAACAUGUAUGCACACUUCCUGCUGGUUCAGACAAAGAGGAAGAAGCAGAAGUAUGAUGAGGAACAAGAGAAGAGUCCGCAGGAACUGACGAAGGCUGACGUGGAAGUUCUCCUGAAGCUGGGGAGGCUGGCGUUUGAACAUCUGGAGAAAGGCAACAUCAUGUUCUAUGAAGAAGACUUGAAGCAGUGUGGUCUUGAUGUCACGGAGGCCUUGGUGUUCUCCGGAGUUUGUACAGAGAUCUUCAAAAGAGAGAGAGUGAUCUUCCAGAAAGCGGUCUACUGCUUUGUUCAUCUGAGCAUUCAGGAGUUUCUGGCUGCAGUCUACUUGUACCACUGUUACACCAACGGAAACUCAGAGGUACUGGAAGCUUUCCUGGCAGAACAAAACUCCUCUCCGUCAGAACAAAACUCCUCCCUGGCAGAACAAAACUCCUCCCUGGCAGAACAAAACUCCUUCCUGGCAGAACAAAACUCCUCCCUGGUAGAACAAAACUCCUCCCUGGCAAAACAAAACUCCUCUCUGUCAAAACAUGAAGAUGGACCAGAUUAUGAUGAAGAUGAUUAUGCUGAUGAACUUGAAUUUGAAGGUUACACUGAUGAAGAGGAACAAUAUGAUGAUGAAGAAGGACAAUAUUAUGAUGAAGAUGACUAUGCUGAUGAAUAUGACAGACAUGAUGAUAGAAGUGAAAACAAGAAAGUUGAUAAAAAGGAUUGUGGGACCCUUGACUACUCUGAGUCUCUUAAAUGUGAUGACAGUGACUCUCUGUUGACAGUGUUCUUGAGUAGAGCCAUGACAAAAUCUCUAAAGAGUAAAAAUGGCCACCUGGACCUGUUUGUCCGCUUCCUUCAUGGCCUCUCUCUGGAGUCCAACCAGAAAGUCUUAGGAGGCCUGCUGGGUCUGAAACAAAAUAGUCCGCAAAUCAUCCAGAGUGCCAUCAACAACCUGAAGGAGACGAACAUGGACGAAAUAUCCCCCGACCGAAGCAUCAACAUGUUCCACUGUCUGAUGGAGAUGAACGACCAAUCGGUACAUCAGGAUAUACAAGAGUUUCUGAAGUCAGGCAACAGAUCAGAGAAGAUGCUCUCUGAGAUCCACUGCUCAGCGCUGGCCUACAUGCUGCAGAUGUCAGAGGAGGUUCUGGAUGAGGUGGACCUGAAGAAGUACAACACAUCAGACCAGGGACAACUGAGACUGCUUCCAGCUGUCAGGAAUUGCAGGAAGGCUGUACUUCAGAACUCUGGGCUUUCAGACCCUCACUUUGAAGUUGUGGCCUCAGCCCUGAAGUCCGAUCCCUCCCACCUGAAAGAACUGGACCUGAGCAACAACAGUCUGAAGGACUCAGCGGUGAAGCUGCUGUCCACUGGACUGGACAGUCCACACUGUAGACUCCGGACUCUGAGAUUGAGUUCCUGCAGGUUAUCAGAGAUCAGCUGUGUUGCUCUGGCCUCUGCUCUGAAGUCCAACCCCCCCAACCUGAGGGAGCUGGAGCUGAGCUACAACCACAGCCUGCAGGAUUCAGGAGUGCAGCUGCUCUGUGACUUUCUGGAGAGUCCACACUGUAGACUGAAGGCUCUGAGGUUGAGUUGGUGCAGUUUGUCAGGGGGCAGCUGUACUUCUCUGGCCUCAGCUCUGAAGUCCAACCCCUCUAAUCUCAGAGAGCUGGACCUGAGAGGAAACAAGCUGCAGGACUCGGCAGUAAAGCUGCUCUGUGAUUUUCUACAGAAUCCAACUUGUAAACUGGAGACUCUGAGACUGGGUGGCUGCAGUUUGUUGGAGAGCAGCUGUGUUUCUCUGGCCUCAGCUCUGAAGUCCAACCCCUCCCACCUGAGAAAGCUGGACCUGAGGGACAACAAGCUGCAGGAUUCAGCAGUGAAGCUGCUCUGUGAUCUUUUGGAAAGUCCUGACUGUAGCCUGGAGACUCUGAGAUGGAAGUAAUCUCACUGAGGAGUGAGCGAUGAGAAAGGGUGAAGCCUGAGAGGAACGGCUCUCCUGAUGAUCCACAGAGAUUGAAGCAUCUUCAGCUCUGACUGAGCAAGGAUACAAGUGGACACCUCGCGCCCGGCAUUAGAAUAAGUCUUUGACCAGAUGUGAUCGGAUCUCCCUUCCCAAAAAAUACAUAAUGAAAAGAUGAUUUUGUGAUUUUGUGCAUACAUUUUAGGUUUACUCUCACAUAAACCAUACAUUAUUUCAGAAACCUGCAAUGAUAAAAAAGUACUCUUUGUACAUCCAUAAUGUCGAUGGAAAGUGACGUGUGUAGCCUAAAUUGUUUGAAUGUUUGUAUACAUUUAAUGAACCUUAAAAUAUAAGGUUAUAGUCUACUGAUGGUGGUAAACAAUUACCGGGAACCUCCAUGCAUCCUGCUUUUCUCAGGUGUAUUGUUAUAGAUUUUGGUGAAAUUGGUUCAAUAAUCAGAGGAGCCCAUUGGGGUAACAAACCCUGGAUCUCUGAAUCCACAUGUGAUGCCAUUAUAUAACUGAUAUGUCUGUCUUUUCAAAAUGUUGAUAAAGUUUUGAAAUUAAUCAAUUAAUUGCUGAUUUUGUUUAUAUUCUUAGAUACGUUGUAGUUUGAUCACUAAAGAAUGUUGUGCUUGCAGUACUUAGUAUAGUAAGACAGUGAAUGUCACUGCGGACCUACUGUAUUGUUUGACCAAUCUGAACACUAUUUGAAAAAACAUGAUAUCUAGCAACUAAAAAAUGUCUGUCAUGUUUGGUAGUAAUUUGCAUGAAGUUUUGUGGAGAUAAUUGAGGAAUUUGGGCCUACAACCAAACGAUGGGGUGUAGCCGUCAUCUGAAUGUCUUGAAUCUCUCUCUACAGUUCAACCUUCAUGUAUGAAUGAGUGUCAUUUCUCAAACCUCAAACUAUUUCUGGUUUCUAACAAUUGUACUAUUAUCGUUUUAUGUUAUUUCAAUUGGAACAUAUUUUAUUCUUAUGGCCACAAGCCUUAUGACCUGAUAUGGAUACUAUAACUUCAGAAAUGUUCUGUAUUCAAAUAUUGUUUUUAUUAUCUUUCUCUCUUAGAAAUGUUCCAUUGCAUUGAUCAGUUCAUUACGUAGGAACAGGAAAAGAUGUCUUACUAAAUUGUGACUUUAUUUGUUUUAUGUUGUUUUACUGUUGCAAAUAUGAUAUGCUCUCCCCAAAAUGUUGUGUCAUUCACGUACUUGUUAACGUUAUCUAUUAUUUUUCAUAAAUGUAUAAUAUAAGCAAUGUUGGGUCACAGCCUGUUUGCAUUGGUUAA